AAAAAGGAAAAGUCUAGAGUGUAGUACAGAGGAGUGAUGGGCGGGAAAAUGAAGCGUCUCACGAGUAUCGAGGGGGGGAAAAAGUGAAUUUUGAAGCCCGCCCUCGCUAAUCUCAUUUUCUUUCCUGCUACUAUCACUCUCUCCUAGCCAGCUGUUCCUAAAACCCUACAAAUUCGAAAAUGGUGGUUGCAUGCCUUGCCGAGCCCAACGAGGAAGCGGUGGUCCCGGUGAGACGUUGCAGUUCUCGAAUCAAAGUGUUGAAGAGCGAGGAGGAAGCUCGGAGAGCACGAGCAGGUUGCCCCUCCACUCCUCCCCCUCCUGACAAGAAACCAAAGAAGAGAAAGGUCGAUACUGCUGUUGAUAAUGUGGAAGUCACAGUAACCGAUAAUGACUGCACCGAUCAUCCAGCCUCCCAGAGUCUUAACGGCAAUGGGAAUGAGAAAAGUGCCCACGUCAGGGUGACAGAGACUAUUCGCAGAUUUAACCAGCAUUAUCUCCAUUUCGUUCAGGAAGAGGAGAAAAGAUGUGAAACAGCUAAAGCAGAUCUCAAAGCAAAGAAAAAUUCUAAAUCCGAGGUUGGUAACACAUAUGUCCAGGGAGCUGAAGAUGAUGGUAAACGCAGUUCCAAGCGGCCUGAUCUAAAAGCGGUUUCUAAGAUGAAAUCGGCAAAGGAGGUUUUGAAUUCUGAGAGAAUAGGCCACAUUCCAGGCAUUGAUGUUGGUCAUCAAUUCUUUUCACGUGCUGAGAUGGUCGUUGUGGGAUUCCAUAUCCAUUGGCUAAACGGCAUUGAUUGUGUUGCCCAAACUGCAGGGAGAAAAGCGGAGUACAAAGGCUACAAAUUGCCCCUUGCUGUAUCCAUUGUUGUAUCGGGACAAUAUGAGGACGACCAGGACAACUAUGAAGAAGUUGUCUAUACUGGCCAAGGUGGAAAUGAUCUUCUUGGUAACAAGCGCCAAAUAAAGGAUCAAAUCAUGGAACGGGGUAAUCUAGGGCUUAAGAACUGUAUGGAGCAUUCUGUCCCUGUAAGGGUUACACGUGGACAUAAGUGUGUGAAUAGUUACGUUGGAAAGGUGUACACCUAUGACGGCUUGUAUGAGGUUGUAAAUUACUGGGCGGAGAAGGGUAUUUCUGGAUUCACCGUCUAUAAAUUCCGAUUAAAGCGUAUGGGAGGACAACCUGUGUUGACCACCAACCAGGUACAUUUUACUCGAGGCUGUAUUCCCAACUCCAUAUCUGAAAUACGAGGGUUGGUAUGUGAGGACAUUUCUGGUGGACUGGAGAAUAUUCCCAUUCCCGCAACCAAUUUAGUUGAUGAUCCACCGGUAGCACCGACAGGUUUCACUUAUAGCAGGGAAAUUAUAUACGCCAAAGGUAUAAAGCUCCCUUCAGCUCCCACAGGAUGCAACUGCCGUGGUUCAUGUCUUGAUCCAAGAGAGUGUUCUUGCGCUAAAUUAAAUGGUUCUGAUUUUCCUUAUGUUCACAAGGAUGGUGGAAGACUUAUUGAGCCGAAGGCUGUUGUUUUUGAAUGUGGUCCGAAUUGUGGAUGUGGACCUGCCUGUGUCAACCGCACUUCUCAGAAAGGAUUGAGAUAUCGGCUUGAGGUAUUUCGUACUCCCAACAAGGGUUGGGGUGUGCGAUCAUGGGAUUAUAUUCCUUCUGGUGCAACCAUUUGUGAAUACAUCGGGUUUUUAAAGAAGACAGAUCAGAUUGACCCUGCAGCAGAUAACAACUAUGUUUUUGACAUUGAUUGCUUGCAAACAAUGAAAGGGCUCGACGGGAGGGAGAGACGGUUGGGUGAGGUUUCUUUGCCGGGAAACUGGCAGAAGGAUGUUGAGAAGACGUCAGAUGGUGGACCAGAGUAUUGCAUUGAUGCAGUCUCUGUCGGCAAUGUUGCGAGGUUUAUUAAUCAUAGUUGUCAACCUAAUUUAUUUGUUCAGUGUGUGUUAAGCACCCAUCUCGACAUCGGUUUAGCAAGAGUGGUGCUAAUGGCAGCUGACAACAUACCACCUCUGCAGGAACUCACAUAUGAUUACGGCUACAUCCUGGAUAGUGUUAUGGAUCGUGAUGGCAAGGUUAAACAAAUGGCUUGCUACUGUGGAGCUGCUGAUUGUCGUAAACGCUUGUUUUGAUGGGAUAUGUAACUAUUCUUUAGGUGCUAUCUUUAGCACAACACAUUUUUUUGGGUUUCUAUAUGCUGAUUUCUCAUCAUCUGCACUUCUGCGUAGUGGUUACGGAACGUUGGGAAAUUGCCUUGGUGUUGUAUAUUCUACUGCUCAAUGAGAAAACAACUUGUUCAUUUGA